CAGUCAGCAGUAAGCCACACGGUUAGUUAAUGCUGUUAAGACAAUCUGUAGCUUUUCUCAGUUAUUGAUUGCAAAAGAAAAAAUGUCUUCACUUUUAAAGGUGGACAAUGAAAUCAAGUCAAAGGUUGAUGUUUUCAGGGAACGAAUCACAUCAGAGGCAGAAGAUCUGGUGGCAAAUUUCUUCCCUAAGAAAUUAUUAGAAUUGGACCAGUUUCUGAAGGACCCUGUAAUAAAUAUCCGUGAACUGAAAGAAAUCCAUUCUGAGAUCAACUUGGCUGUACCAGACCCAAUUCUGCUUUCAGACAUCCAUGAUGGACUUGAGGGACAAAAUGCCAAGAAGAGAAAGCUUGAAGAUGGUACAGGAGAUGACAAAGUUGGUGGGACCAAGGUGUAUAUAAUGCCUGGUGGAAUGAUGAAAAGCAAUGGCAAGUUGGUGGACCUGAUCGAGAGGGUUAAGCCUGAGAUCAGAACCCUCAUAGAGAAAUGUAACACUGUCAAGAUGUGGGUGCAGUUGUUGAUUCCAAGAAUAGAAGAUGGUAACAAUUUUGGUGUUUCAAUCCAGGAGGAGACUGUGGCUGAGCUCAGAACAGUAGAGGGAGAGGCAGCCUCUUAUCUGGACCAGAUAUCCAGAUACUACAUCACAAGAGCAAAGCUAGUUUCCAAAAUAGCAAAAUAUCCACAUGUGGAGGAUUAUAGGCGCACAGUAACAGAGAUUGAUGAGAAGGAGUACAUAAGUCUCAAAAUCAUAGUCUCAGAACUGAGAAAUCAAUAUGUAACUUUGCAUGAUAUGAUCCUGAAGAACAUUGAGAAGAUAAAACGACCGCGAAGCAGCAAUACAGAUGCUCUCUACUAAUAAGGGUCGCCUUCUGGUCUUCUAAUUCUUUUUUUUUUUUUUGGUCCAUGGGACUAGUUGGAACCUUUUGGACUGGUUCUGAUGCAGUUAUGAACCCGUUAAAACCAGGCCAAGACAAGCCAGGUCCAUCAGGCUGUUAAUGGAACUGUAAUAUAUGAUCAUUAUUUUAAGCCCUUUGGAAGAAAAAAAAACCCAUCAAUUUCCUAGUGGACAGUGUUAAUGUAUGGAGAGUCUGAAUGUGCAUCAUGAGGAAGUUGUCUCAGUUGUUUAUCUUAUUUAAUUAAACAAAUAUCUUAACGUUGGGGUUUCUUUUAUCUUUCACAAAACCAAAUGCAAAGUAGUGCAGUUUUGGGGGGUUCUAAGGCAUUUGACAUGUUUUUAGACUCCGUUUAGUGACUGAUGUGGAUGUAAGACACAAAAAGGCUCGUAUUUGUUGCGAAAUUAUGAAGUUCUUAUCGAUGCUGUAUUUUACUUAUUUCACUCUGUUCAUCUAAUAUAUAUAAAUGUAGUCCAAGAUGAACAGCUGUAAUUGUGCAUCAUUUUACAUUCAUUGAGUUAGACCUUAUUUCAUGAUGCUGCAAUACAGAUAUAUUUUAUCUUAUUUUUCUUCCUCAUUGAACCACCAAACUCCCAAAGCUUCAUAUGGCUCUUAUUUUUUUCCAGUUUUAAGAGAUGUGUUUUGCUGAAUAAAAUGUCUUUUUUUUUUCAA